AAAUGGCCAUAACAACAACCGCCACUUCCACUUCUCUCACCUUGUUUUCCCACAACCCAAACACAUCUCCAAAGCUUAAAAACCCAUGGCCAUGGCCUCGGAAGCUCUUUCCUUCCUCAAUAGCCACCUCUACAACAAACCUCUCUCUCUCAUUCGCCGGCAACUACGCCUCCAUUUUCAACAACUCCUCCUCUCGCCUCUCCGCCCACACUCUCUCCACAAAAUCCCCAUUUUCCGCCGGCGACUACGAGUUUUACGAUGGCUCUUCGGAGGUGGAACUGAGGCUUCAACUAGGGGGUCGGGAUAUUCGAAGUUCAAAAGAUAUCUUUGUGGAUGCAAAUGAAACCUCUUUAACGAUCGAAGUACAGCAUUCUGGGUCUCUCAUAACGCUUAUUGACACUAAUUGUCUGUUUGACAGAGUAAAGCCUGCAGAAACAAUAUGGUUUAUAGAUGAUGGUCAACUGGUUGUAAACUUGAAGAAGCAGGAUCCAUAUUUGAAAUGGCCUGACAUUAUGGAGUCUUGGGAUUCCCUUAGAGUGGGAUCUUCACAACUUCUGAAAGGCACUUCAAUCUACAUUAUUGGGGAGUCGACAGAAAUCAACCAGAAGGUGGCUCGGGAACUCGCAGUUGGUAUCGGGUAUACACCAUUAAGUACAAAAGAGUUGCUGGAAAAUUUUGCCAAGCAAACCAUUGAUUCAUGGGUCCUUGCUGAAGGCUCUGAUUCUGUAGCAGAAGCAGAAAGUGCUAUAUUAGAAAGUUUAAGUAGUCAUGUUCGGACUGUAGUUGGAACACUAGGACAGCAUGGAAGUGCUCGAAGGGCUGAUAAAUGGCGACAUCUAUAUGCAGGCUUUACUGUAUGGUUGUCGCAGACUGGAUCUAUAGAUGAAGAUUCAGCGAAAGAGGAAGCAAGGAAACACGUUCAAGAUGGCAGGUUAGCUUACUCGAAGUCAGACGUGGUCAUCAAGUUUCUGGGUUGGGAUGCAGAUCAUGCCCAAAGCCUGGCUCAGGCAUCCUUGAGCGCCCUCAAACAAUUAAUUCUAUCCGACAAGAAACUUCCAGGCAAGAAGAGCCUUUACAUAAGGUUGGGAUGUCGCAGUGACUGGCCGAACAUCAAGCCUCCAGGGUGGGAUCCAUCAGCUGGAGAUGAUGUUGACAUAAGCUCGUGAGCUGGAGAUGAUGCCUUCCAUUGUGAUUGUUUAACCAGGUUGGAAAACAAAUUGGGAAAUCUACAGCACUCUCUAGUUUGUUUUUAUUUCUCAAAUUUUAG